AUGAAGCUCGGUAUCGUUUUAUUGGUGGCUUGUGUUGGGCUGGUGUGUCACGUGAGCGGUGGAAUCGUACCACGGUUCGAGGUUGAAGAGGAGGAAGCUUUCGCUUACUUGGAAACACUCGAAACGGAAAUUCUUGCUCGCCGAAAUGCAGCUAGUGAAGCCAACUGGGCGUACGACUCGAACAUAACGCCGGACAACCUGGAUGUGAAGAACGAGGUGGCCACCGAAAAUGCAGCAUUCUUUAAGAGUGUGGCCGAACAUCUUUCCCAAUACGACUACGAGAGCUUCCAAGAUGAGGAUCUUAAACGGCGCGUGAAGAAACUGAUCGGCUUGGGCUACUCAGCUUUGCCGGAGGAUAAGUUUACCCGUAUGCUAGAUGCCAUCAACAACAUGAAGGAGAAUUAUGCUAAGAUUAAGGUUUGUGAUUAUCACGAUCGCACCAAGUGCGAUUUGGCACUGGAACCGGAGCUGACGGAGAUACUGGCAAACAGCCGCGAUCCGGAGGAGCUGAAAUACUACUGGCAGCAGUGGUACGAUGCGGCCGGAGCACCAACACGAGAGGAUUUCCAAACCUACGUUGAGCUGAACAGAGAGGCCGCUGCACUGAACAAUUACGAAUCCGGCGCCGAGUCGUGGCUCAGUGCGUACGAAGAUGAAACGUUCGAGGAACAAGUGGACGCUGUAAUCGAAGAGCUGAGACCGUUUUACGAGCAGAUUCACGGUUACGUUCGUUAUCGGUUGAGGGAGUUUUACGGUGAGGAUGUUGUUUCCGAACGAGGACCAAUUCCGAUGCAUCUGCUCGGUAACAUGUGGGCGCAGGGAUGGGAACAGAUUGCUGAUAUCACGAGCCCAUUCGGGGACCGUCAGCUAUUGGAUGUGACGGACGAAAUGGUCGCUCAAGGAUACAACCCAAUCCAGAUGUUCGAGAUGGGCGAUGAGUUCUUCCAGUCGCUCAACAUGACGAAGCUGCCACAAACCUUCUGGGAGAAGAGUAUUCUUGAGAAGCCCGACGAUGGACGUGAUUUGAUUUGCCAUGCUAGUGCGUGGGAUUUCUCGAAAAAGGAUGACGUGCGCAUCAAGCAGUGCACUCGGGUGACGAUGGAACAGUUUUUCACGGUUCACCAUGAGCUCGGACACGUGCAGUACUAUCUGCAGUAUCAGAAUCUCCCGAGUGUGCACCGUGGCGGUGCGAACCCGGGAUUCCACGAAGCAGUUGGUGAUGUUCUUUCGCUCUCCGUUUCAACUCCGAAGCAUUUACAGAAAAUUGGUCUUCUAAAGGAUUUCGUACAGGAUGAGGAAUCGAAAUUGAAUCAAUUUUAUCGUUCAGCUUUGACUAAGCUUGCCUUUUUGCCGUUCGCUUACACGAUUGAUAAGUACCGUUGGGGAAUUUUCCGCGGAGACAUCAAACCGGAAGAGAUCGCUCCGGUGUUGUUAGUGGUGUUUGGGCUCGUGAGCAGCGGCUACGGUGCCACGCUACGUGGUUCUUCUGACGAUGAGCAUGAAGCGCUGCAGUAUGUGGAACAGAUUGAGUUGGAAAUUCUGAGCCGUCGCAAUGUUGGCACCGAAGCGGAGUGGGCCUACGAGUCGGACAUCAACGAUGCUAACUUGCUGGUGAAAAACGAGGUGGCGGCCACGAAUGCUGCGUUCUUUAAAGAUGUGGCCGAAACGUUGGCCAAGUACGAUUAUGAGAGCUUCCAGGACGAAGAUCUGAAGCGACGCGUGAAGAAACUGACCAGCCUGGGUUAUGCUGCGCUGCCAGAGGAUAAGUUUGCCCGUAUGCUCGAUGCGAUUAACGCGAUGCAGGACAACUAUGCCAAGGUUAAGGUGUGUGACUAUCACGAUCGUACCAAGUGCGAUUUGGCGCUGGAACCGGAGCUGACGGAGAUACUGGCAAACAGCCGCGAUCCGGAGGAGCUGAAAUACUACUGGCAGCAGUGGUACGAUGCCGCCGGUGCUCCGACGAGAGAUGAUUUCCAAACCUAUGUAGACCUGAAUGGAGAAGCGGCAAGGUUGAACAAUUACCCGACGGGCGCUGAAUACUGGCUGAAGGCGUACGAAGAUGAAACGUUCGAGGAGCAGGUCAAUGCGGUGAUUGAAGAGCUGCGGCCACUGUACGAACAGAUUCAUGCUAACGUGCGUUAUCAGCUGCGAAAGUACUACGGUGAUGAGAUAGUCUCGGAGAAGGGACCCAUUCCGAUGCACCUGCUCGGUAACAUGUGGGCUCAGGAUUGGGCAGGCGUGGCUGCCAUCACCAGUCCCUUCCCCGAUCGUCAACAGCUGGAUGUGACGGACGAGAUGGUGAGACAAGGCUACACACCGAUUCAGAUGUUCGAGAUGGGUGACGAAUUCUUCCAGUCGCUCAACAUGACCAAGCUGCCAGAAUCAUUCUGGGAGAAGAGUAUCCUUGAGAAACCGGAAGACGGAAGGGACCUCGUGUGCCAUGCCAGUGCCUGGGAGUUUUCGAAAACCGAUGACGUGCGCAUCAAGCAGUGCACCCGCGUUACAAUGGAUCAGUUCUUCACUGCUCACCAUGAGCUCGGUCACGUGCAGUAUUUCCUGCAGUAUCAGCACUUACCAAGCGUUUAUCGGGACGGAGCUAAUCCCGGUUUUCAUGAGGCGGUUGGAGAUGUCCUUUCGCUUUCCGUAUCCACUCCGAAGCAUUUGGAAAAGAUUGGCCUGCUGAAGGACUAUGUGCAGGAUGAGGAAUCGAAGCUUAACCAGUUCUACACUGCCGCAUUGACCAAGUUGAUGUUCCUUCCGUUCGCUUAUACGAUUGAUAAAUACCGUUGGGGAAUUUUCCGCGGAGAGAUCAAGCCGGAAGAGUACAACUGCAAGUUCUGGGAGAUGCGCUCGAAGUACUCCGGCAUUGAGCCACCGGUCGUCCGUUCGGAGGCGGAUCUAGAUGCUCCAGCGAAGUACCAUGUGUCGGCUGAUAUAGAGUAUCUGCGAUAUUUCGUAUCGUUCAUCAUUCAGUUCCAGUUCCAUCGGGCUGCAUGUGAGAAGGCAGGAGAGUACGUGAAGGGAGACCCGAUUAAGACGCUAAACGAUUGUGAUAUCUAUCAGAGCGCGGAGGCUGGAAACGCCAUUAAAGCGAUGCUGGAGAUGGGAUCAUCGAAGCCGUGGCCAGAUGCGAUGGAAGUCCUGACUGGAGAGCGUCGCAUGAGUGCUGAUGCGUUGAUCGAGUAUUUCCAGCCGCUGUACGAUUGGCUUGUUGUUGAGAACGAGCGUUUGGGAGCUCAUGUAGGCUGGGAGGAAACUAAAACCAAGGUGAUCGAUUGCACAAUGUUUGCCGUGCUGAUAAGCUGCGCCACGUCUGUGGUGCUUCUGUCCUCACAAUUCGUCCAUUGUGAGCCCGAACCACAGUUGAAUUUACCCCCGUUGCCACCAUCAGGAGUUGACGGAGGUCGUGCGGUACCGUUCGCUAACGGUGGACCAGCGCAGCCACCGUCACCAAGGGGACCACCGAGUGACAAUGGUGUCAGUGGUGCGAACGGUGGGUUCGAUCGUAGCCGAAGCGAACGCUAUGGUCCACCCUAUGACGGUGAUGAUGACGAGGAGGAGGAGCAAGGGGAACGCCCAAACUAUCCGCAGCAACCGCAAGGUCGUGCGAAUAGUGACUACGAUCGGCGCGAUCGUCCUGAUACGCCUUAUUCCUUCAACGAUCGCAACCGAUACGAUGGUAAUCGCGGGUUUGAUCCGGAACAGCGAACCGGACCAGCCCGAUACCCGGGUGAUCGCAGUCCCAAUCCGUAUGUGUCCGAUGUGGACAAUCCGUUGCUGUACCGUGGUGGCCAGGGUGAACGGAAUCCAAAUGGGUACGUGUCGGAUGUAGAGAACCCACUGCUGUACCGUGACCGGACACCGUACACUCCGAACCGGGAGGACGACCGUAAUCGGUACAAUCCGAAUGCACGCCCGUACAAUCCCAAUGAUCCGGGUUUAGGAGGCCGUCAGCAGGAUCCAGGUUUUCGUGAUCCGAACUAUCGCGAUCCGGCCUAUCGUGAUCCAAAUCAGCGAUACCCUGCGAACGAUCCUGCCUUUCGCGAUCCAGCACGGUUCCCCGGUGACCCCGGAGGCUAUCGCGAUCCUUACCGCAAUCCAGAGGAGGAACGUUUUCGGGCGGAAAAUGAGCGUCGCUUCCGGGCGGAGACGGAAAAGCUGAGAUCCUUUCUGGCUGAAAUCGAUCGCAAGAGCUCACUCGAGUGCUCGCUGAAUGUGGCGGCCCAGUGGAACUUCGAAACGAACAUCAACGAUGCGACCCAGGUGGAAGCGCUGGCUGCACAGCAACGGUACAACGAUUUCCAGCGCCUCCUGUGGGACCAGAUGCGACGAAUCGAUCAAACGAAAAUAUUCGACGACAAACUGUACCGACAGGUGCGCUUGAUGUCAAUAAUCGGUCCAAGUGCCCUGCCACCAGAUCAGCUCGAUCGAUACAAUCGCAUAGUGAACGAUAUGCUGGCCAUCUUCAAUGGGGCCUCCAUUUGUGCCUACGAGCAACCGUUCGAGUGUGGUCUACGCUUACAGCCUCAUCUGAAAGAUAUAAUGGCAAAGAGUCGCGAUUGGAAUGAGCUGCAGUACACAUGGCUCGAGUGGCGCCGGAAGUCAGGACGAAAUAUGCGCGAUCUGUUUGAACAGCUAGUAGAUCUAACGAACCACGCCGGACGUGUCAACAAUUUCACGGACGGUUCCGCCUACUGGCAGUUUCCGUACGAAUCGCGCAAUUUCCGCGAAGAGAUGGAACAGGUUUGGCGUGAGAUUUUGCCACUGUACGAAAUGAUUCACGCGUACGUACGGCGUAAGCUGCGUGAGUUCUAUGGACCGGAUAAAAUCAACAAAAAUGCCCCUCUGCCAGACCACAUUCUCGGUGAUAUGUAUGGGCAGAGCUGGCAAAACAUACUGGACAUUGUGAUACCGUACCCGGGUCGUAGCUUUCUCGAGGUGACGCCCGAGAUGCAGAAGCAGGGCUACAAUCCGCUGGUAAUGUUCCAGAUCGCCGAAGAGUUCUUCGUCUCGAUGAACAUGUCCACGAUGCCGCCCGACUUUUGGGCCUCAUCGAUACUAACGCAACCACCGGACCGUCCGAUCCUGUGCCAACCGUCGUCCUGGGACUUUUGCACCGGCAAGGACUACCGCAUCAAGAUGUGUACGCAGGUGACGCACAAAGAUUUCAUCACCGUGCACCACGAGAUGGCGCACAUCCAGUACUUUCUCAACUAUCGCAACAAUCCGAAGGUGUUCCGCGAUGGUGCCAAUCCAGGGUUCCAUGAGGCAAUUGGCGACGCAAUCUCACUGUCGGUGGCAUCUCCGAAGCACCUGCAAAACCUCGGUCUCGUCCAGAAGUCCGUCGAUGAUACGGCGCACGACAUCAACUUCCUGUUUUCGCUCGCCAUGGAGAAGGUGGUGUUUCUACCGUUUGCGCUCGCCCUUGAAGCCUGGCGGUACGAUGUGUUCAGCAAGCGUGUCCGUAAGGAGCAGUACAACUGCCACUGGUGGUUACUCAGGGAAGAGUAUGGCGGCGUUAAACCACCGGUGCUUCGGUCCGAACUUGACUUUGACCCUGGAUCCAAGUAUCAUGUAGCGGCAAAUAUACCGUACAUCAAGUAA